AAAAGGCUCAAACUUCACGACACUUCCACAGACACACACAUAUACAGAGAAAGCAGUCUCCGUUACUCCCAACCACCAUUAAACCAUCCACACACAUCCCCUCAUAGCCGUCCACGGUCCACCAUCGUCGAGUCGUCAUAUUCCGGCGGCUCACAUGACCCAAACCUUUCCCCCGAAGCCAGACUCCGAAGACAUAACCCGAAAACCACCCUCAACCGGUGGCGGAACCACAGGCAUGAGACUCAUAGUGCCCUUACGAGGGGUGGUUCAGGGCAGAGGUGGUCUAAUCUUAGGUUCACUUAUCCCAUGUGCUCUGUUUUACUUCCUCCAGUUCUACCUCAAACGGCGCCGUCCUUCUCCGCCGUCAAACCCUGCGUCGCCGUCCGCGUCAUCGUCGAAUCUCGCCGAGUUGCAGCGAACGUCUUCGCGGUCCAAUCUAUCAAGCCGUGGAUCGAUUGGACGGGCCCUAGUGUCGACUCGGGCUAGUUCGAUUGCAAAAUCGAAUGAUUCAACUUACUACAUUGGAUUAGAUAGGGUGAAGGAGGAUCCGUAUGAUGAAAUUGAUAAUCCGAAUGGGAUUAUUCAGCUCGGAUUGGCAGAAAAUAGGUUGUCAUUGGAUUUGAUUGAAAAGUGGCUCUCCCGAACUUUGAAUGAUUCCAUAUGCGGAGGAAGUAGUGAUGGUCUGAGCAUUAGUGGAAUUGCUACAUACCAGCCACUUGAUGGAUUGGUGGAGCUGAAAAUGGCCAUUGCUGGUCUCAUGUCUCGAGUAAUGGGAAGUGCAGCGUUGAUUGACCCAUCAAAACUUAUACUAACAUCUGGUGCAACUCCUGCUGUUGAGAUACUCUGCUUUUGUUUGGCAGACCAAGGAAAUGCAUUGCUUGUUCCCACGCCCUAUUACCCUGGGUUUGAUAGGGAUGUGAGAUGGCGAACAGGUGUGGACUUAAUACCUGUUCACUGCCGUAGCUCUGACAACUUCACCUUAAGUAUCACUGCUCUUGAUCAGACAUUCAAUCAGGCAAGAAAACGAGGACAGAGAGUCCGUGGUAUUCUCAUAUCAAACCCAUCUAACCCUGUUGGGAAUUUGCUUACUAGGGAAAUGCUCUAUGAUCUCUUGGAUUUUGCAAGAGAGAAGAACAUUCAUAUCAUAUCUGAUGAAAUAUUUGCCGGUUCCACCUAUGGAACUGAAGAGUUUGUGAGCAUGGCAGAAAUUAUUGACUCUGAAGAUUCUGACAAGGAGAGGGUUCAUAUAAUAUAUGGGUUGUCCAAAGACUUGUCUCUUCCAGGAUUUAGAGUUGGGGUCAUAUAUUCCUUAAAUGAAAAUGUUUUGGCUGCUUCUAGUAGGUUAACAAGAUUUUCUUCAAUUUCAGCUCCAACCCAGCGUAUACUAAUUUCGAUGCUUUCAGAUACUAGAUUCAUCCAAGAAUAUUUUAAGGUCAACAGAGAGAGGAUACGGAAGAUGUAUGAGUUGUUUGUGACAGGUUUGAAACAGUUGGGGAUCGAGUGCACAAAGAGCAGUGGGGGUCUGUACUGUUGGGUUAAUAUGAGUGGAUUAAUCCGCCCUUACAAUGAGAAAGGGGAGCUUGAGCUAUGGGAAAAGCUCUUAAAUAUAGCUAAGAUCAAUGCAACACCCGGGUCGUCUUGUCACUGCAUUGAACCUGGAUGGUUCAGGUGCUGUUUCACUACCUUAGCUGAAAAGGAUAUUCCUGUAGUUAUAGACCGAAUACAUAAAGUAGUUGAAACUUGUAAAUCUCCUGCUUGAAAUGUUCUAUAGUUCAGCAUAAAGCACCUGAUUACAACUGGCAGUGCAUUAUAAGAAUCAUAAUCACAGUGGUUCACAUGUUGUGGCAGACAAUGGUGGACAUGGUCAGCAUUUGAAUAGGCUUGGAGCUCCUGCAUAUUUUGGAAUUUACUUCUUGAAAGAACUCGAACUUUUACAUGUUCAAAUUUGCAAGCAAAAAAUAACUUAAAAGGAGAUGCUUGAUGAAGACAUGAGCCGGGUUUCUGAACUGUAGGCCACAAAAGGCUAUUUCUACAUCAUUUGCAACUGCCUCUUCCACUUCCUCUGCAAUUGUCUGAUCUGAUUGCUUGUUCCAAAGAUGCAUCGCCCCAAGGUCACUCUUCAUGAAAACCUGCCACUAUUAUGAUCAGUUGCAGGUACUUAACAAGUCACAAAAAAAGAAGUGGGAGCUCGAACAGUACCCUCUGUUUCCGCAUUUGAACAGAUUUCCUUCUGAACUUCUUUGGGUCAUCAUUAUCACCUGCCCAAGUGUUAGUGGCCUCCUUAUCACAAGGCUGCAAUUAAUUUCACGAUGUAAAGCUGUCCUCAGAAUGUUUGGUGGGACGGUAUCAUUUCCUGGGCAGCAGCUAACUUUUUCAAGGAAACUUGAAUGAGCUGAUAAACAUGGACAAAAUCACUCAAGAAAGACAGUCCAACUAGGCUUGUAAUUCCUGUUGCAUAGCUGCUUGUUCAACCGUCUGUUUCAGAACCCGGUGAUAGCUUUCCAACCGGAAAGUAUGCUGCACGGGAACAGCGGAAAUGGCUACUGUCGAUAUUAGGCAAUUGGCUAGAACGGAGGGAGGUGAGGACUCAUCUAUUUCAGGGCCACAGCUCGAUCACCAAUCCAUCUUGUUCAUCAUGAACAUCGUUGUCAUCAUUGCCACAACGAUGUCAUCGGUUGAGAUUAUGCUGGAGUUAACGGAAAAUUGAUGGGCUUUACCUGUGGGAGCACAAUUGCUUAACUCUGGUGGUGGCUGGGAGCAGCAAGUAUGUAGUUUUUUCUGGCUUUUCUUGUAACUCGAAAGUAACCGAGGCAAUUAGUUUCAACUUUCAAGGGUGGCUGUGCAACCAACUACGACCCAAUGUCUUUUUUGGGUGUUCCUGGUUUUUCUUCCUAGAGAAUGGGAACAGAAAUCAGUUGUUUAAUUUGCUUCCCGGCACAAUAUUCUGAGGGUUCCUGUUCUCCCUUUUGGACUGUAAUCUAUGGUCCAUAGAGGCGAGGGAGUGACCCAGUUAUAAGCUCACAUUUGCUUGCAAGUGGUUGCGGGUUUAAACCUCGUCCCUUCCCAUCCCAGUUCUAUUUAAUUUUAGAUAGUAUUUGGGUUGAGGUCUAAGGUUUUGGGACAAGUCUGAACUCUAUGAAUUAGUGAUUUUGUCUUCAACUAAAGUUGGAACCGAAUUUUAGAGUAACUCGAGUUCAAAAGUUAAGCAUGAUAGUAUUCGAGUAGCAAUGUUUGGGUUGAAUUUGUGUUUGAGUUGAACUCGGAUUGAA